AUGGUUGCCGGACUCGACACCUCUGCCGACCGUCAGGAUGCAAUGCAGCGGUUCAAGUCACCCCUGUUGGGGGUUGGUGUGGACCCACUGCUGCAUGCCGUCGCGUUCCGUUCACUGCUGGAUCGUGCUCUGUCUACGCUAGAUGAGGUGUCAUGGGCUGACACGUUGGCUGACCCAUUUGGGGAUAGUCUGGCAGAGUCCCUGCGUAAAAUGGUACGCGUAUCCCGUGUCGGCCAUUCCACGGAUUUACUCCAGAUAGCAGACAUGGCUCGAGAUUUAUUCAUUCUUGAUGUGCCUGUGGUCAAUAUGGCCCCUGUCGACGAUUCAAGAAUGAACAUCGGAUUUAUGGAGAAGACGUCGGCACCAAGAAUUCUGAAUCUGGAAAUCAGGGCACUGGAUGUUGAACGGUCUGAAUAA